AUGCUCCAUGAAGCAUUCGAAGCACCUUCCUUGGGAUAUGACGACGGCCGAGAUACCUUACUUGAAGAAGUUCCCGGGUCCUACCUUAUUGAGACGGACAGACAAUGGUCCCAAGGCCAUCAAACCGAUAUUCAGACAAGUCAGACUCGUCCCCGACCUUGGGGACGGCACGGGAAGGAAGCCACAAGACUCCAGAGUCUGGCGGGGGCGUUGCAGGGAAUCCUGGACCAACAUACAAUGAGGGACUUUAUCGUUUUGCUUGUCAUGGAAGUAUGCUGCCGUCUGCAUAUACCUACACUAGAGACUCGCGAGUCGCAGAGGGCCCAUGUCGAAAUUUCGAGCUGCCACAGUGUGUCGGUUCCGAUUCUCCUCAAGCUUUCAGUGCAUGGAGCCACUGGAUUGGAAUUAGGCGAAAAAAGUGUCGUCCAAUGUCUGCAGCCCGCUAGACAGCCCCGGCCAGGGUGGGUCCUCGGCUCCACCAACGCGGACUUUGGACAAUGGAACACCGGACGGUCUGGCCAACAGGCGGAAGGCUUGCGGUUCCACACUUGUCCCGCGAAUCGUUAUCUCCGCUACUCAUCUCUACCGCAACACUUCCAGAAUAUUGAGGCGCCAUUAGCUUCCACAUUCAGAAACAUGGCAUCGACGCCCGAGGGAAGCCACCAACCGAUUGACCGAGGUACUCACAGUGUCUUUUUGGUGCCGUCAUCUUCCCCAGAUCAUCACCUAACGGAUACCCAUUCAUCCAUCACCCACCCGUCCAUCGUCAUCCUCAAUCACCACGCCACCAACAACGACCAACACCACUAUCGCUGCGACCUCACUGCUGAUCUGGCCCACCUCUGCAAAUCACCAACUGAUUCAGGGACCUCAUCUCUUCUGCAUGCGCCUCGUCAAGCAAGGGACCCCCCUCCGGAAUCACUCCCGGCGGCCCAUGACAAUGUCUUGACUCUUGCUACUGCACCAUCAUCAUGCUCCCUCCUCGUUGCUCAACCACGCCUCAUACCUGCGAGACUGCGACAAGUCAUAUCAACACUGCGGCGCCCCAAUAGAGGGCCACGAUCCAUGGCACUUGCUGCAACGCCCCAAUUACGGCUGCUGUACCCAUACAGUGUGAUCGAUAGACGUGCUACGAUAGAGCCCGGCAACCGAUGCUUUUCGUCGAGAUUUUCUCUCCUUCUUUCUGAACCCAUCCAUGCUUUGUAUGGAUGGACAGACUCCAGUCGAGCUGUAAACAUGGUACGAUCGUUCCAUAGGUCCCAUAUUCAGAGCCGGGGGCGCUACGGAAAGCUCCCUAGUCACCAGUGGAACGCAAAAACUGACCAACAUGGGGCUCUACUCUACACAGCUGUAGCGAGUUUGCCGCUGCCUGCAGCCCAGCAUGCCCCUCGACUUCGCUGUGUGCUCAUCAUGCUCCAUUACGACCAUAACUCGCCCGACCCUUGGGGCAAUGUCGAUUUCUAUCGUGGAAACCAACAUGGGGCGUUUGGGGGCCAGGCGUGGCAGAAAAUCACAUCGCGGCGCGGAGAGCACGUCGCCGGCAUCUCGGAACCACAUCCUGCUCUCCGGUCCAUCAACCACGGCUCACACUCGCCUCCUUGCCUGCUUCGCGGCUUCGGUUGGUCGAAAAUUCCCCAGCCAAUCAUUCGCAACGCGUCUUCGCACCGGGCCGAGCAGCAGGAGACCUGCGAAAUAAGCGUACGCCGUACCGAGGUCGAGAGAAGAGAAUUCAACCAAGUCGGCUGCCUAGAGUUGGUCGCCGGCUCGCCGUUACCCCUUCUCCACCUAUGUCUGCCAUUCUGGUUCGUGGACGGUGGUCCAUCUCACUUCGGCUACUUGGUCCUGCAGCUGACCGCAAUCGACACUCGGGCUUGCGGACAGGCAAACAGGAAAGCAAACGGCCCGGUAGGGAGUACCCUCGAGGGUCUCUCCCAAGAAAAAAAUCUCAAAAAAUUUCUUCUGUUGUCUCUGGGGGCCUGGAAGGUUCAGACUGACAGUAUUCGUACCAGGGACCUGGGCUCUGUGGGAUGGGAGGAUGGCCGGUCUGUGUUGCAGUGCAGCCGAAGUCUGCAAGGUACGGGAGACUGUGCACGUUUCUGGAAUGGCCCGGACUUUAGCUGCAGGCCGCAGUGCGCCGCCCUACAGACUCGAAAGUUGAGAGCCAAAGAGCAGACUUCAGACCAUUGGGCCACGGGCCGCAGCGAGCUGUUCGCAGAAAUGAACCAACUGCCAAUCCCUUUUGCUAAAAGCCUGCACUACGGUCAACUUACCGUCACAUCGAGGACCUCGAUUGCAUCAAGCACCUGCUUUCUCUACCGGAUGUUCUAUGACGCGACGCAGGACGGCUUCACCUCUUCUGUCACAGCCCACGGCCUUUCCCGGUUCAAAAGAGCCAUGGAGCUCCCACCUCGUCCUUGGGGAUUCAAUGGAGGCACAAUUAGGACGGACUUGAAAGCACAAAAACGUGUCGAGACCGGGAUGAAAGGAGCCUCGUGCGCACUUUGCCUCGUGUUCUCGGCACACAAGCUCGGACAUCCGGACCCUUGGGCGUUUGCUCAACAGCAAAUAGACGUCUCAAAAAUCAGUUUCUGCAAAUUCGUACUACGAAACCGAGGACCUUCAAAGAGGAUCCCUCCGCUGUGGAAACACGUCAAUCCGACCGCGCUUGGCGUUGCUUCUGACAGCUUGCUCGGUGGACGCCAAAUUCAACGACAGAUCAGGACAAGCCUCAAACUAGAGAAAACUCAGUGUCGCUCAUCGGCUCGUGCCACUUUCUUCACCACACCGAGUAUGAUCAGGCCCACUGCACUCCUCCUAUAUCCUUUCAAUGCUCCCAUCACGGCGCCGCCCUUGGCCCGGAUGGCCCAGCUUCUCGAAUUUGAAGAAGAGCCCCAGACCGAAGACGGCUAG